AUGGUUGAUGAGGAGCUAAUGAUCUUCACUUGGCUAAAGCUUGUCUUCAUUGCGUUCGUGGGGUUAGUAUUUGUUCUCAACAUGGUAGUGCUUCUCUGGUGGAGACCAAGAAAAAUCGAAGAUCAUUUCUCAAGGCAAGGGAUCAGAGGACCUCCUUACCGUUUCUUCAUUGGGAAUGUUAAGGAACUCGUUGCUAUGAUGCUCAAAGCCUCUUCUCAGCCCAUGCCUAAUUUCUCUCACAACAUUCUCCCUAGAGUUCUCUCUUUCUACCACCACUGGAAAAAAAUCUAUGGUGCGACAUUCCUAGUGUGGUUCGGACCCACCGGUCGACUCGCCGUCUCCGACCCCGACCUCAUUCGCGAAAUUUUCACUUCCAAGUCUGAAUUCUACGAGAAAAAUGAGGCUCACCCGCUUAUCAAGCAGCUCGAAGGCGACGGUCUCCUAAGUCUCAAAGGCGAAAAAUGGGCUCACCAUAGGAAAAUCAUCACCCCCACUUUCCAUAUGGAGAAUCUUAAAGCUUUAAUACCAGUGAUGGCAAAAAGUGUGGUGGAGAUGCUGGACAACUGGUCAGCCAUGUUGUCGAACUCCGGCGAGGUAGAAAUCGAAGUUUCGGAAUGCUUCCAAACCCUAACGGAAGAAGUUAUAACCAGAACAGCAUUCGGAAGCAGCUACGAAGAUGGCAAAGCAAUUUUCAGGCUUCAAGCCCAACAAAUGGUUCUCGCUUCCGAUGCAUUCCAGAAAGUCUUCGUCCCUGGUUAUAGAUUUCUACCGACGCAAAGGAACAUAAAAUCAUGGAAGCUGGACAAGGAGAUAAAGGGAUCACUGAUGAAGCUGAUCAAACGGCGGAAAGAGGAGUCGUCAUCAUCAUCAUCAUCAUCAUCAAGUUCAUCAUCAUCAAGUGGUAGUCCAAAGGAUUUAUUGGGACUGAUGAUAGAGGCGUCGUGGAGGUCGACGAGGAACAUGAUAACAGAGAAAGACAUAGUGGAGGAGUGCAAGAGCUUUUUCUUUGCGGGAAAACAGACCACAUCCAACCUGCUGACGUGGACAACGGUUCUGCUAGCGAUGCACCCACAAUGGCAGGUACGGGCACGUGACGAGGUGCUUAGGGUGUGUGGAGCACGUGACAUCCCCACCAAGGAUGAUGUUGUAAAGCUCAAGACGCUGAGCAUGAUACUGAACGAAUCACUCCGGUUAUACCCGCCGACGAUCGCGACGAUCAGACGGGCGAAAACGGACGUGCAGCUGGGUGGGUACAAGAUCCCGCGUGGGACCGAGCUUCUGAUCCCGAUCCUGGCCGUCCACCACGAUCAGGCCACGUGGGGGAACGACGCGAACGAGUUCAACCCGGCUCGGUUCGCCGACGGCGUGGCUCGAGCCGCCAAGCACCCGGUGGCUUUCAUCCCCUUCGGCCUCGGGGUCCGGACCUGCAUCGGCCAAAAUCUCGCCGUUCUCCACGCCAAGCUGGCACUCGCCAUCAUACUUCAACGGUUCAGAUUCAGGCUCGCCCCCACCUACCAGCACGCUCCGACGGUCCUGAUGCUUCUUUAUCCUCAGCACGGCGCGCCGAUUAUUUUCCAGCCCUUGGAUCAUCACGAUGACGUGGCGGAAGUGGACCCCUUUGGCCCUACUUGCUAAAGGGACACACCAAUUUCCAUUUCGUGUGUGAGCAUUUUGAUUUUGGCUUAAUUGGGGCGGUUUUCUUUUUUUUAAUUUUUGGUUCUUUGAUUAAAUGUAAUA